AUUAAAGUACCCCUUGUCGUUGCUGCUGUUGUUAUCAGAGAGCCAUUCGUUCUGCCUGAGGUUGUUACUUGUCAAUAACGAGAUCAAGCAUUCACAGAAGCAAACAGGGUCCAGCUUGUUUAAGUAACAAACAGACAAAUCACAAGACACAACCCGAACAGUUGACAAUCAUGCUAUACGUCCCGAUAGGACUCACCCCUGUGCAGAGGUCACUGAUUGACACAGUCGUCACCUUGCACAAGCCACAGCUGCUGGAGGGCAAAGUUCCAGACUCCUUGCUCAAUAGUAUACGACUGAUAUCGAACCAUCCGUUCUUGCUCGUGGACCACUACAUGCCAAAGAGACUGUUGCUGAUGGAGACCCACGAGAGCCUGUCCAGUGCGUCGGAUUUGUUCAGAACCCUGGAUAAGUUGAUUACGAUCCUGCAGAAGAGAAUGACUAAAAGGAGAGUGUUGAUUAUAGGGUCCAGUGUUAAGGAACUGGAUCUCGUGGAGGCAUUCAUACUGGGGAGAGACUUGUAUUACAAGAGGUACUCUGGUAUGGCCCUCUACCACAAUGGGGAACAGGAAAGUUUGAAAAAUGACAAAAUCAGCCUGCUGCUUGUUACCAAGCAGCAGCUGGUUAGAGAGGUUGACCUUGUAUUAUGCCUAGAUCAAACGGUGAACCUCGAUUGGACUCAUGUCCCUUGUAUUGGCUUGGUUUCUAUCCAGUCGCCGAUGCACGGGUUGUUGAAUGGACAUGAUAAAGAAGUAUCCGUGUUGAGCUCCCUGCCAGAACGUGAGAAGGACUUUACCAAAUACAACGAGUCCCUGUUUGGUGCUGCAUUUGAAAACUUUUGUCUUAUCGAUUGGCCACAGGAAACGCUCCCUGAAUUCCAUGUCUUUGGGAAAGGUGAAGUUUUGGAUUCUUUGUAUACAACCGAUACUAAAAAGUUGAAACUUGCAACAGAUAACUUGGACAGUCACCGAGGCUACCAAAGAGCCCUAACAGGAUUGACGUUGAACAGAGUUGAUGAGAUCUCUCUUCAAACUAAACAGAUUGAGGAGAAGUUAAAGUCCCUGAGAAUAAGAUCAACUCUUUAUCACAAUACUUGGGAUCAACAGAAGCAGAACAUUGGACUGAAUUUCAAACAAUCGCAAAAGCUGAAAGAGGAAGCUUCUGCAAACGAACUGAAAGAACAAAGAUUGAAGUCUGAACAUGAAAAGUACACUGCCAAACUGGAUUCUCUGUCAAAGGAAUUGGAGUUCCUCAGAAAACUUGAAUCAGGAGAGGAAAAAGUCUCUGAAGAUGAAUUGGACAAGGAAAUCGAAGCUUUGGAGGAGAAAUUGGGACAACUGCAACGUACUAGCGAAGAACAAGCUUCGUCAUUAGACAAUUUGAGAGCCAAGUAUCAAAAGAUCACAGCAAUUGCAGCCGAGAAGUCCCUUCUGGCCAACUCUUUAAAGAAACAGAACGAGGAAUUGCUCAAAGAGCUAUCAGAUACAGCUACAAAAUUGAGACAAAGAAGUCAAGAAGAUGGUAGAACUCGAUAUGAACAAGAGCUCUCGAGUGCCAAGUCCAACUGUGAGUUCCUAGAAAGAUAUAACCAACAGCUGAAUGCUGUUGUCAAAGACCGUGUAGGCACUUUGAGCAUUGGAAGAAAUGGGAGAGUUCAUAGAUCGACUUCACAGUACGUUUAGCUCCCAACAUCCACACAGUGUCAAAUAUACAACCAAACUAAUCAAUAUAUG